AUGGUGCAUAAAUGUGGGUAUUUGCCAUGGGCAAUUUCUUUACUUUGCGGGGUUUUGAGGAAGAAAAAUUCAAUGGAUGAGCGGGAAUUAGUUAAUAAAGACAUCAAAGAAGUCAUAUAUAGAGAUGAAAAGCAGAUUGAUGGAGUGUUGAACUUCAGCUAUGAAAGGCUACCCUAUUAUUUGAAGCCUUGCUUUCUCUAUAUGGGUAUAUUAUUCAAUGAGGAUGAAACCAUAGAUGCAGGGCAUUUAUAUAAGAUGUGGAUAGCACAAGGCAUGAUUUCAUAUGAGAAUAUUGGAGACAAGGAGGACACUUUAAUGGACAUCGCUGAGCUAUACUUAAGAUGUGAACUUGAUAAGCUACCGUCAUCCAUUAGGAAUUUGGUAUACAUUGAUACCAUCGAUUUAGCAAAUACAAUGAACGUUGAAGUUCCAAAUGUUUUGAAGGAGAUGCUGCGAUUAAAACACAUAUAUUUUCCUUUAUAUGGAGAUGAAAUUAUUGGAAAUUAUCGAGUAAGAUUGGAUGAGGGAUUAGAUGGGUUGGAGAGUCUACAAUUCUUAGAUAGUAGAUAUCAUGAAUUAAAAUGUAUGGACAGAGAGAAGAAUCUCCGACAUUUUUCAGCAAGAAUACACGAUAAAGAAAGCUUAUCAGCCAUCAUGAAGGCCAUUAUGAAGUGGAACAAGAUAGUAUUUUGUAGAGUUUAUAUCGAAGACAGCUGCGACUUAACAAGUGAGCGAAUGCUGGAGAAGGCUUUGAAAUGUCCCAACCUUCAAGGCUUGUGGACUAGGGCUAAGUUAAGGAAGGCGCUAGCAGAGUGCGAGAGUGACUUGAGAACCUUAAAACUUAGGUUUUUGAGCCUGUAUGGGUCCGAGAUUGAGGAUGAUCCAAUGGGGAUACUAGGAAACCUUCCUUACUUGGUAUAUUUGCAAUUAAGGUGUGAAUCAUUUGUUGGGGAGGAGAUGACGUGUCCAUCAAAUAGUUUCCUUCACCUCAAGGAGCUAGAAUUAAUAGGUUUACCACAGUUGAGGGAGUGGGGAGUGGAGGCAGGAGCCAUGCCCCUUCUAUCUCAAUUAAAGAUUGAAGAGUGUUCUUGUCUGGAGAUGAUGCCAGAGGGAUUGAGUGGCAUUUCUUCCCUUCAGAGACUCAUGAAGGAGAUAGGCAGAAAUGAUGUUGGUGUGCAGAUUCAGCUUGUUGAUGAAAGAGGAUCUUAUGCUGUAUCUUAG